CACAAGCACCAACGUUCCUGCCGGUUCGGCUUCACAACCUCCAGGACCCUUCAAGCAGCAGGAAGAAAGCUGAGCCCAUCGAAGCUGGGACCCCACCGCUGCAGGACUCCCCCCUCACCAGGACCUCAUCGUGCAAGGUUCCUCCAGGAAGGAUGCUGGAAGCUCUGCUGCUCACCCUUAGCUGCCUUGGCCUCCACACCCUCUGGCAGGCCCAGGCUGUUCCCAUCCUGCCCCUGGGCCUGGCUCCAGAUACCUUCGAUGAUGCCUAUGUGGGCUGCUCGGAGGUCAUGGAAGAGAAGGCAGCUGCCCUGCUAAAAGAGGAGAUGGCCCACCAUGCCCUGCUGCGGGAGUCCUGGGAGGCAGCCCAGGAGGCCUGGGAGCACCGGCGUCGAGGGCUCACUCUGCCCCCUGGCUUCAAAGCCCAGCAUGGAAUAGCCAUUAUGGUCUAUACCAACUCAUCUAACACCUUGUACUGGGAGCUAAACCAAGCUGUGCGCACAGGUGGUGGCUCCCGGGAGCACUACCUGAGGCACUUCCCCUUCAAGGCCCUGCAUUUCUACCUGACCCAAGCCCUGCAGCUGCUUCGCGGCCAUGGAGGCUGCAGCAGGGAACCUGGGGCAGUGGUGUUUCGAGGUGUGGGCAGCCUUCAGUUUGAACCCAGGAGGCUUGGGGACUUGGUCCGCUUUGGCCAGUUUGCCUCCAGCUCCCUGGAUGAGGCAGUGGCACGCAGGUUUGGUAAUGCCACCUUCUUCUCUCUAAGGACUUGCUUUGGGGCCUCUAUCCAGGCCUUGUCUGUCUUCCCUGAAGAGCGUGAAGUGCUGAUACCCCCCCAUGAAGUCUUCUUGGUCACUGGGUUCUCCCACGAUGGUACCCGGAACAUAGUGACUCUCUGGAGCUAUAACCAAACCUGCAGCCACUUUAACUGCGCAUAUCUGGGUGGGCAGAAGAGGCGGGACUGUGUAUCUAUACCAGCAGUUGGGCAGUCGGAGUCAUCCUAUGAAGGGGCAUUCCCUCUGCUCUCCUGGAAGACCCCAUUCUUGGGCCCUGGGAGGUUCCAGCUCUCAGGAGCUGGGCCCUGAAAGCCCAACACUGUCACUCAGGGAUCCUGGGAACUGGUGAGCUUCAUGUGAAGAAGAGGGGCUUCGAAUGGCCUCAAGAAGCAAGAGCAUGCUUUCGGACCUAGCCCAAGCAGCCAUCUCCCCAGUCCAGGUUUGGGGAGACCUGAGGCCAUAGCAGGGUUGAGGGAGUCCCACUGUAUGGUGGGGACUUUCUGGGACAAGCAGGGGAAGUACUGUGGUGGCCACUCCAUUAAACAGUGCUGAGU